CACUUCGCCGUGUGUUCAUCUCUGCGGUUGUUUCAAACAUGGAGGAGAGGGAAAGGAAAAGUGCAGAGUCAGACAGUAAAGAAACGGUCACUCCAACCUGUUCGAGUGCGCCACCAGCACUGGAGCACGAGCCAAAGGCGGACAGUAAAGCUGGAGGCGAUGACGCCGAUAAAAUAAAUGUCUGCUCUGAGAACUUUGACCCUCUGUUGGCCUUGUACUCGCCUACUGUGUCGGUUCCUUUUCCAAAUAUCAAAUGCUUCAACAAUGUGGCAGCGUACGAGAGCUUUCUGAAGGGUGGCCGGGGCAGAGCCAAACCGGAGAAUGUGGAGAAGAGGCGGCAGAAGGCGAUGAAGGGGGUGGCGGACCCGGAGCGCAUCGAGAGGCUGAAGAAGCUCAUGGUGAACAACCCGGUGUCAGGGUCAGAGGAGGGGGAGAGCAGCGGCACACAGCGGAGGAGGAGGGGGCAGAAGCCCCAGAAAAAUGUCCUGACAAGGAUGCCCUUAUGUAAAGGCAGUCCGUUGGGUGAGCUGUACCGAUGCGUUGAAGAGAGGAUAAGGGUCAAAGUUCACAUCAGGACCUUUAAGGGGCUAAGAGGAGUCUGUUCUGGCUUUGUGGUGGCCUUUGACAAGUUCUGGAACAUGGCAAUGGUGGAUGUGGAUGAGACGUACAGAGAGCCUCUGUUUGGAGAGGCACUCUACCAUGAAAAGGCCCUCACCAUAUCACGGCUCUUUGAGAAGCUGAAGCUCCAGGAGAGUCCAGGAGGUGAGCCAGCGAAGAAGCACAGAACCCAGGAAACGACCAGCAAGCAUCAGCCUGCAGACCCAAAAAGUACUUCAAAAAACCUGACUGCUCACACUGCCAGCAAGAAAGGGGACAGCAGGACAGAGUCCAAAAUGUCAGACACUGUUAAAAUCAAACAGGAUAAACAUGCAGGCUCGCUGAAGGCCCAGGGUCCAGAGGCCUGUCAGAGGAAAGACUCCCAGACGUAUGGCAGGGUCCACACACGCCACAUCAACCAGCUUUUCAUCCGGGGAGAGAACGUUAUCCUGGUUAACCCACAGCCACUCUGAUUAUCGUCUUUGGUUUGAUAUUUAGCCUGGAUGGAAGAAAGGUGGGCUACAAGUUUUAUUUUACACUGAACUUCAGUAAUGAUAGGUCAGUGUCAGAUAUGGCAGAUAAACUGCCAGAGAUGUGACUUAAUUAGAUUCAGAGGAAUCAAACAAGAACUAUUGUUAUAUCAUAUUGAUAUUGAGGUUUUUCUCUGCCCACAAGAGAGCCGAUCAUGAUUUUGAGGAAUAAAAGAAUCUCAGUUGUAA